AUGAUAACCUAUUCUUCUAUAUUUUUUGCUCUAUAUUUAUUAAUUCAUCAAGAUUUUCAUUGUGGAAAUAUACUAAGCGAUUCUGAUCGACACGCUUUUGUAAAGACUUUUCAAGAUAGUAAUAAAAAAAAUAUAUUGAGUAUUACUUAUGUAGCUCCAGAAGUUUUAAGAGGAAAGGAAUAUACACAAGCAAGUGAUAUUUAUGGAUUUGGAAUUAUUGCAUAUGAAAUUUGUACAGGAUUGCCUCCUUAUUAUGACAUAGCUCAUGAUGAAUUCUUAGCAAUGAAAAUUUACCCUUUAAAACGACUUAAUGCAGGUGAAUUAAGUAUAUCAAUAAAUAAAUUAUAUAUUAAUCAUAAUGUAGAUAUUGUGAUCAAUAAGCCAAUUAAAGAAGCAGAUGAAAUUAAUAAAAAGUCAUCUUCAACAGUUCAAUCUCCAUUAUCAUCUACCAAUAAUCUCUUAUAUACAACACAUCCUCAGCAGGCAAUUUAUACGAGUAGGCUUCUAGAUUUUGAAAAUCUUCCAGAACCAAAAAAUGCUGAUAAUAAUGAAUAUUCAUGUAAACAUAUAUGAUUUGUUAUAAUAACAGAUAAGUUGCUAACAGCUAAUAUUUUAGAUUCAUUAAGAAUGGAUUUUACUAAACUUGAUACAAUUAAACAUUUACUUUAAAUGAAAAUAUUUAAAAUGUAAAUAACUAUAAUAAUUUAUCCAUUUUUUUAUUGUGAACUUGGUAGUGAGAUCAAGGAUGAUGUUAUAGUGUUAUUCCAGGACAUUUGAUAAAAAUUUAGCAAGCUAUGCUGGGUAAAUUACUAAGAAAUUGAGUGGUUUAUAUUUUAACAUUUUUUUUAAGUAGUAAACAAAAAAAAAUGGGAAAAUAUAUUAACAU